AUGGAGGGAAAUAAUUUCUUUGUUCUGCAUAGCAUGGGUAAUGCCAAGAACAGUAAAAGAGUUAAUGUGCAGCUGGAAGGGUGGGAGAAGGAGGAGAAGGCGCAGGGCAUGGACUGUUGCUCCUCUAGCAAUCAUUUUACCGAUUAUUUUAGAAAGGUGCAGGCUUCAAUCACUUCCAUUGUCUCAUUAGUUACUUCUGUCCCUGUAUUUGUGAGAUGUCUUCAUUUCUUUCUCAAUAACAUUCUUAUAUUGGAUUACUUGAAAUGGCAGUCCACUGAAAAGGUGCUCAUACUGGAGUAUAUGGAUGGUGUUCGUUUGAAUGACGCUGAAUCACUUCGAGCUUUGGGAGUAGACAAGCAAAAACUUGUCGAAGAAAUUACACGUGCAUAUGCACACCAAAUUUAUGUUGAUGGAUUUUUUAAUGGAGACCCUCAUCCAGGAAAUUUUCUGGUGAGCAAGGAACCCCCUCAUCGCCCAAUUUUGCUUGAUUUUGGGCUCACAAAGUUACUUUCAAGCUCCUUGAAACAAGCUCUCGCAAAAAUGUUUCUGGCAGCUGCUGAGGGGGACCAUGUUGCACUUUUGUCUGCAUUUGCAGAAAUGGGACUCAAGUUUCGCCUUGACGUUCCGGAACAAGCUAUGGAGGUUACUUCUGUGUUCUUCCGUUCUUCCACGCCCGCCAAUGAAGCUCUUGAAAGUAUGAAAAUGUUAUCUGAGCAAAGGUCAAAGAACCUCAAGGUUAUACAAGAAAAAAUGAAACUGAAUGAGAAGGANGGAUCUCAUGAAUACUAUAUUCAGGCCCUAUCUUGA